AUGGAAAACAAUAAAGAAAAGUGCGGGGGCCAAGAAUCUCCUCUUUGGCACUCGACGGAGCUAGGGAGUCUUUGUAACAAAUGUCUGGAGGACGAGAGAAACGCUUCGAACUCUGGGAAAAAUGACGAGGAGGAGUCGGGGUCCAAGCCUUCUCGCAAAAGCACCAGGAUCACCAGGUGGUGCAAGCCUGAGAAGAAAAAUGAAUCUUCACUGCCUCCAACUAUCAAGACUGUCCCUAAAGGCAAAGGUCGAAGACAUAUUUUUAAAAAAACACCAACAAAAGCACCGUCUUCAGUUGCCACACCAGUCACAAGUAAUUUUGUAUUUUACAAAGGAUCUUAUUUUCAAGUAGGUGAUGUUGUCUCUGUCCAGGAUAUUGAUGACAAUGGAAUUUAUUAUGCUCAGAUAAGGGGAUUCCUUACUGAUCAGUACUGUGAAAAGAGUGCUGCUCUUACUUGGCUUCUUCCUACGGUUACUAGCCCGCCUCCAGAAGAAGGAUUCAGCCCAGAAACCUACAUAAUGGGUCCUGAGGAAGACUUACCCCGAAAAUUGGAGUGUAUGGAGUUUGUAAUGCACGCACCGUCUGAUUACUACAAGCUAAAAAAUACUCCAUACCCUCCAGCUUUAACUGAAAGCGCUACAGGAGGUUACAUAUGGACGUCUCUCGGAAAUGAAGCUACAACUUUUUACAAAAAGUAA